AUUUUAUCGCGAUGUUCUAAUCUAUAGAUGAGUAUAAUACCUUAUACUCAGUCGCCUCUAGGAUUGCAUUUGGAAACCUGGGACAACUUAGGAUAUCUUCAGGAUAAAAUGUACAGUGUAAACAAUUGUUAAUAAUUGAUAGUUAAUUACUAAAACACAAUUUUUGUCUAUUACUAAAAAAUAUUUGAAAGAAAAGAUAAAAAGUUAUAAGAAAUUAACAGCCAGCACAGAGGAACAUAAAUUCAAACAAAUGGCUGCAAGAGUUGAAACACUUUCUGAAGCUUUGACUGGUGAAAAACGUAAGAGUUCGAAAAGUAACAAGGCAAAAAAAAAAAGUUGCGAGACUUCAGAAGCCGGAUCUUCUGAUAUAGAAAGGAAUAGACAGAACAGCACAGAAAGUAAUAAUUGCAUAAAUGAUCAGCAGAAUACCGUUGAUUUUCAAAUUAAUUCUAGUAACAAUGAGACAGAUGCAAGUUUAAGCAUAUCUGUAAUAGAACAUCUGGAUACGUAUCAAGUUUUUGAUUCGAAAAAGUCAAGAAAGAAAAUUAGAUAUAAGGCUAUUGAUAUGAUGAGACAAAUUGGGUAUACAGUAAUGGUUGUGAAACCGGGAAGAUUUGCAACAAAGUAUGCUUCUUCAGCACCUUAUCAUUUAUUUUUUACAAGAAUCGAAAAUUCCAAAGAAACUUAUAAUCAACAGUUUUCCAUAACUUUCCCCGAGAUUCUCGACCGUAGUCUUGGAGAAAUUGUUAAUAGUCUCCAUUUAAAUUUUAUGGUAAACGUCACAUGGUUGUAUUUGCAAUAUUUGUUAGCUGGUCAACGUAUUAAUAUGACAAUUUUGUACGGCACAAGAUUAGAUGAUGCGAAAUUGAGUAACAACAUUACCAUGAUAGAAGUAGACAUGCCGAACAAGUUUGGUUGUCAUCAUACAAAGAUCAUGAUCCUGCAAUACAAAGAUGAUGGAAUCAGGGUCGUCGUCUCCACUGCUAACUUAUAUUCCAACGACUGGGAAAAUAGGACACAAGGAUUGUGGAUUUCGCCUCAUUUGCCCCGCUUACCAGAAUCCGCGCAUCCUAAUGAUGGGGAAUCUUUAACGGGUUUUAAGAAGGCUCUGGAGCGAUAUUUGAGUAAAUAUGAACUACCGAUUUUGACGCAGUGGAUACAUGCAGUACGGAGAGCGGAUUUUUCAGACGUAAAUGUGUUUUUGGUCGCUUCUGUCCCUGGAUUUCACAAAGGUGCCGAUGUCAAUUUUUGGGGAUGCAAAAGAUUGGCGUACAUCCUAACACGCUAUGUCACAUUGCCACCAGAUGCUCCUCAGUGGCCUAUAGUUGCACAGAGUUCUGCUGUAGGCUCCUUUGGUUCAACAAUCGAAAAUUGGUUGUUAAAACACAUAAUUCAAUGUAUGUCGAAGGGUUUUUCUAUGGGUUUAAAGAAUGAUCCACAGUUCCAAUUUAUUUACCCAUCUAUAGAGAAUUAUAAGCAAAGCUUUGAUUUUGAAAAGUUAAUUGCUCCCUUGCCGUAUAGUUUAAAAAUACAUUCACAGCAGCAGUGGCUGGAAUCAUAUUUGUACCAAUGGAAAGCUAAACGAACAGGACGAGAUCGUGCGAUGCCUCAUAUUAAAUGUUACACGAGAAUUUCACCCGAUUCGAAAAAUAUUCCCUGGUUUUUGCUUACCAGCGCAAAUUUAAGCAAAUCCGCAUGGGGAACAAUCUAUCAACAUAGUUAUUCUAUAGGAAACUACGAGGCCGGUGUCAUAUUUAUACCAAAAUGUAUCACCGGAACUACUACAUUCCCUAUUGGGGACGAAGAAGAUUCAGCCGUUCCAGUGUUUCCGAUUCCAUAUGAUCUUCCAUUGUGCCCAUAUGAAUCGAGUGACCAUCCUUUCGUUGGAGAAUUUCUAAUCUGA